CCGUCAACGCCGAACAAAUUCUACAGAAAAUCGGGUUGGAUCUUACACAUGGAUGCGCUUGGUUAUAUCAAUGGCCGGUUCCCGAGGAACCGCGACCGCCCAUGGACGACUUGAACAUUUACCGCGGCCGACAAUGCAUCAAUUCUGAAGUGGCGCUAGCCUGGGUUCGGAAGCUCAUCGUGGAUCUCGGUGACAAAUGCCAGUUGUAUAUGCUUCCGCGUUUUGGGCGCGGCAGCUUUCUAAUUCGCGCUUGCGAAAGUGGUGUUGAUGCUGAGGAUGUCAACUCGUCAUGUGACGCCGCGGUUUCGCCGUCGGAGUGGCGAGCAAUACAGGUGAAGAGUGCAGUUGAAGUUGUGCGUGAUCGAAAAGGUGGAAACCGAUACCUUUUCACGUCAUGAAACUUUCGUUCGGAUAUCGGUAUCGCAGUUGUCAACUCGAAACUCGAAGAGGUGGACUUUUGCCAUAUCUCGGAACUACCUGUCACGGAUGCGAGCGCUCCGCAGCAAUGGUUUUAUCUGCCAGAAAUGCGGACGGUUAGCAGUGGCCCUGGACGGGAACGAGCGCGGAAGUAGCUACGGGAUCUGCUAGAGAGAAUGCCCACGAAGCCCCUGGGCGAGUGGCUCAGCGACGUCGCUACUGCAAGGGAUUAUCAGCUGCAUGUUAAACUUAUGACGCAGGCGGUGUCCAACUUCUUUGAGCCUGCUCCAUCUCUGUCGUUGGAACAAGUCAACACUUUCACGAAUCUACACGAAGGGCUCCUGGCUGGCAAGCGCGUACUAUUUCGCUCUGUCCGAGUCGACAGUAGGCGGCAAACGGGCAAGGUUAAUUUGGAGCGACAUCGUCACAUCAACGGGAAAAGAUAUUCAUCAGUGCCGUUCGAUGCAUCGGACUGUAUCGAUCUCUACAUUGUCAUGCUAUACAACUUCGCCGAAAAAAGUACUUUGGCAGGAUUGUUUGUCUUCCCGCGACAAUUUGUCGUGGGAGAAGACGUCCUUAUAGUCAAUUUUCGCGGUGGGCGACGAGGGUAUUCAUUAUAUUUGCCCGGUCAUAAUGUCGAAACGGAUAUAAUGGGUAGGGCACGUGCGAAGAGGCAGGCGCCGUACUACUUCUCUCUGACUAAUGGGGACGUACCUUCCACCACAAACCGCUUACCAAUGCAAGAGUGUAUAGAUGCAGCUUUUGCAACCGGUGAUCAUGGAGCCGGUGCAAGUGGCUGUAACGAUUCAGAGACUUCACACUUCCACAAAGCGGGUUCCACGAAGUCUAUUCUCUUUUAUCAAAGGUUCCACUUCCAGGCGCUCGUUGUACCUCACUGUGUAUGUGACUUUGUGCCGACUUGUGAUCAUAUACAUAUGAUGUCUACAACAUGA